CAAUGACUCGUCCUUGAAAUCGGCACAUCUGGCUCCGUCUUGCCAGAGGACCCGGGUACAGGGGCUGAUGCGGGCGUAGGGUGGCAAAACCAUGCCGAGUCAGACUCAGUACCAGAUUUUUUGGAACUGGUUGGCAACAGUCAACGUAGACGCAGUCAAGGAUGAGAUUCUACUCGAACCCUGUUGUACGCUGGCUGACUCCUGCGCGAAGCUUAAUUUUCCCGUUUGUCACCGAUGGCCAUAUGACAUCUUCAGAAUAUCUUAUCUGGGUUUGCGGUGCCGCAAAGAUAGUGACUAAGAGUCAUCAUAUUAUUUAUAGUAAUACCUCGCCUACGGCGACGAAAUUCACCCCUCCCUUUCACCCUCAAAACGACCGUCUAGAGUCUAAGACGAUCGAUGCCUCUCUACCAGCUAGAGGUGGCCAGCGUCUCUGCAGGCGUCGUUGGCUUGAGCGGCAUCUUUCUCUUUUUGAACCGGCCGAAGGAGGGGAAGAUACAGUUGCCCAUUCACGCGGGCUCAUUGGCGGAGGAUGAAGUGGUUGACGCUUUCGACGUUGCAACACCGGAGGACAUCAUAGACGGAUACCCGAUUGAGGAGGAGGCAUUCUGGACGUGGAUAAAAUGGAGGAAACUCUUCCUUGCCUUACUACUUUUCGCAAUCGUUGGCUUGCAGACCGCUGGCCUUGCCUUGUCUGUCUUCCACCGUGCUGAAAGAAACCUGAUUGUCGCCUAUUCCCUCAAUGUCGCCACCGCUCUUUACGCGUUCUCUGUGGGGGCUUUCGCCGUGUCCAAGAACACGUUCGGAAGGCACGGAGAGCUCAUCUGGCAUCUCACUGCCCUCACGACCGUCCCUGCCUUCAUCCUCUCUUUCAUUGCCAUUCUGCCGGCCGAUUCUGUCAUCAUCAGUGCCGCAGGCCAGCUACAACGCAUGUGGUAUGCGUCUCUAGCACUGUACAUAGUAGCCUCCGUCGGUUACUGGACCACGGCUCUCGGCCCGGCGCUGCACUACCCGCCUUCCGCCAUCUACUCGUCGAAGACUGUUGAGGCGGUGACAAACACGGAUCAGGAGAACGUUACCGGGGUCGUUGGCGCCUCACCAUGGGACGUGCUUUUCUUUUCGUACACGACCAAAGUGGUCAUGCUCGGCAAUACAGCAGAAAGCCUGGAGAUCGGUGAUCUGCCGAUCGUGCCGGCGAACAUGCGCGCGACAUCCAACUUCGCUGUCAUGCGCGAGGCCACGAGAAAGAUCAAACUGCGUGUGUUCUCGUGGAAGCCUUCUCCGGGCUCUGGUGCUCUUUUGGCGUACCGGCUGCUGCGAGUGAAUGCCGCCGCUCUCACUGCCCAGGUGAUACUUGCCUCGACUGCCGCUGGUCUGUUCUACGCCCCCGCCUAUUUCAUGCGCAUGCUGCUGGCCUACUUGGAAAGCGAUCCGGAACGGAAAGACACGUCCUGGGGCUGGGUCUGGAUCUUCGCUCUGUUCAGCUCCAAUGUGAUCUCAUAUCUACUGACGGGUCAGCUCUGGUCGCUUUCGACAACAACUCUCCAAGUUCGCAUCCGCACACAGCUCAACACCAUCUUGUUCGCCAAGACCCUAGUCCGCAAAGAUGUCGCGUCGUCUGCGGUCUCGGCCGACAAGGAUAAGAAGGACGGCGAAACCGACGAAAAGGAAAAAUCCGAAGACGAUUUUUCGUCCAAGGCGCAGAUCAUGACGCUUAUGACCGCGGACGUGGACCGGGUGUCUGAAUUUGCCUGGCAUUUGUUCACUCUCGUGGACUCCCCGAUUGAGAUCGUUGUCGGCUCCCUCUUCCUGUACAACCUCCUCGGCAUCUCCUGUCUUUUCGGUCUUGCGGUGACAUGCCUCUUCCUUCCUCUGAACCAUUUCGCCGGCAAGAUCGUGGUCAGUGCCCAGGAUAACCUGAUGAAGACACGUGACGAGCGUGUGGCUCUGAUGAACGAAAUCCUCGGUGCUAUUCGUAUGCUCAAGUUCAUGGCAUGGGAGCGCAGUUUCGAAAAGCGAGUGCUCAAAGUCCGCGAGAAAGAGCUCAAGUUCCAGAAACUCAACUACACCAUCGAGGUUCUCUGGAACGCCAUCUGGAACGGCUCGCCCAUGCUCGUAACCUUGGUCUCUUUCUGGCACUAUGCUGUUGUUCGCAAAGAGAUUCUCACCCCGUCGACUGCAUUCACUUCUAUCAUUCUAGUCUUCAACGAGAUGAAAUUUGCGCUGAACGCUCUCCCCGAGACACUGAUCAACUUGCUGCAAUCUAUCGUCUCCCUGCGUCGUAUCGAAAAGUACCUGGGCACUGCAGAGGUCUCACCAGUAGCUCCCCUCAGCCAGCAGUCGCAGACUAUUGCAUUCCAGUCGUGCACUGUGACAUGGCCCCAAGGUCGCCCAACGGCCAGCACCAGCUCGACUGCGGUUCCAUCCGCCGCCCCCUCUGUUGCUUCGACACCGCGCGUCAAGUUUGUGCUUGUUGACCUGAAUCUGCGAUUCCCGCCAGGUGAACUGUCCCUGGUCUGUGGCAAGCUAGGGUCCGGAAAGUCACUGCUUCUGCUGGCUUUGUUGGGCGAGGCCGAUGUGCUCUCUGGCCAGACGCUGUGCCCUCGAUCGCCGCCCAACUCUUUGGCUGCGUUCGCUGAUUUCGACCAGAAAGAGGAGUGGAUCGUGCCUGGGAUGUCGGCUUAUGUUCCUCAAACAUCGUGGCUACGGAAUGCAUCCAUCAAAGACAACAUUCUCUUCAGCUUACCGUACAACGAGGCGCGCUACAGGGCAACCUUGGAGGCCUGCGCUUUGGUCAGCGAUCUCGAGAUUCUUGAGGACGGGGACGAUGCCGAGAUUGGAGAGCGUGGAGUGAACUUGUCUGGCGGUCAGAAAGCACGAGUCUCCCUUGCCCGUGCUGUCUACUCUCGGGCUUCGAUCCUUCUUCUGGACGACGUGCUCUCCGCUGUUGAUGCUCACACCGCCCACCAUCUUUACCACAACUGUCUCCGCGGCGAGCUGAUGGCUGGGCGCACGGUCAUUCUCGUGUCGCACCAUGUGCAGCUGACAAUCUCGCACGCAUCGUAUAUCGUCGCCCUGGACAACGGCAAGGUGCUGUUCCAGGGUACUCGCGAUGCGUUCCAGAGCUCGGGUGUCAUGAGUGGGCUCGUGCAGUCGACGACGGCAAACGAGGAGGAACAGACCGAAACCGCGCUCGAGGUCGUCCAAACUGACGGUUCCGUGGACUCUGAAUCGACCGCUGCGGCGUCACCGACGCCCAAGCCCAAGGAGAAGAAUGCACCGCGGAAGCUCAUCGAGGAGGAGAAACGCGCCGUCGGCCGUGUUGCCCUCUCUGUUUGGUCGACGUACAUCAAGGCCUGUGGUGGUUACUGGUACUGGAUCAUAUUCGCCAUCGUCUUUGCCGUUGCAGCCCUGGGUCCGGUUCUGGAGAACGGUUGGAUCGGAUACUGGUCGCGGGGUGACACGUCCAAGAGCGCGGUGUACUACAUCGGUGUCUACGCUAUCCUGACUACCCUCGGUCUCUUUCUCAGCACACUGCGGUGGUUUGUUCUCUACACGGGUUCGAUCCAUGCUUCACAUGUCUUGUACAAGCAACUGCUCGAGGGCGUGCUCUUCGCCAAAAUCCGAUUCCACGACACCGUUUCUCGCGGUCGGGUGCUCAAUCGAUUUGGCAAAGACUUCGAAGGCAUUGACAGCAGUUUGUCUGACCAUUUUGGGCGCUCGACGAUGUACUUCAUCUCAUCAAUCACGACGAUUGUCACUAUCAGCUUCGUCGGAGGGGUUCCGUUCAUUGUCGCGACCAUCCUCACCGGCAUCUUCUAUUACAAUGUGGCCAAAGUCUAUGGCCAGACUUCGCGGGACAUGCGCCGGCUGGACUCUGUGACUCGUUCGCCGUUGUACUCGAUGUACUCCGAGACCAUUGCUGGAGUCACGAUUCUGCGAUCUUUCGGUGCUUCGUCCAAAUUCUUGCGUGACAUGCUGCGAUACGUUGACACGAACUCGAACCCGUACUACUGGCUGUGGGGAGUGAACCGCUGGCUGUCGAUUCGGUUCAACAUCCUGUCAAGUGUGAUCAUGGCUGCCAUUGCGCUCGUUGCUGUCCUGAAUCACAACAUCUCUGCCGCGCUCGCUGGAUUUGCGCUAGCGUUUGCGAACACAAUCACCAACGAUUUGUUGUUCCUCGUCCGUCGCUUCGUCGGACUGGAGCAGGCGAUGGUGGCCCUCGAGCGUGUCAACGAGUAUUCCGAGCUGGAGAGGGAAGCUCCCGAGUUCGUCGAGCCGAGGCCUCCUGCGGCCUGGCCGUCCGAAGGCAAGAUCGAAUGCCACGAUCUUGUUAUCAGAUAUGCGCCUGAACUUCCACCGGUGUUGCACAACAUCAGCUUCGAGAUCAAGCCCGGCGAGAAGGUCGGCAUCCUGGGACGUACGGGAUCGGGCAAGAGUACCUUGGCCCUAUCUCUCUUCCGCUUCGUCGAGCCGACUGAAGGCCGCAUGCUCGUUGACGGAUUGGAUAUCUCUCAGAUCGGGUUGACGGAUCUGCGCAGCAAAUUGACCAUCAUCCCCCAGGACCCGACCAUCCUUAGUGGCACGUUGCGGUCGACGCUGGAUGUGUUCGAGGAAUACGAGGACGCGGACAUCUUCGAAUCUCUCCGUCGCGUGCAUCUCAUUCCGUCAGAAGACACGCCCGAUGAAGAAACGGGUGUCGUCAAUGCCAACAUGUUCCGCAAUCUGGAUUCGACGGUCUCCGAGGGUGGCGAGAACUUCUCCACUGGUGAAAAGCAGCUGCUCUGUAUGGCACGGGCCAUCUUGAAACGAUCAAAAGUGUUAGUCAUGGACGAGGCGACUGCCAGUGUCGACUACGCCACCGACGAACUCAUCGGUCAGACGAUCAGGCAACAAUUCGCGGACAGCACCAUCCUUACUAUCGCCCACCGACUGAGGACGGUGAUUGACUACGAUCGGAUUAUGUUGCUCGACCAAGGCCGCAUCGCCGAAUUCGACAAGCCCAGCGUCCUCCUGCGCGACCACAGCUCCAAAUUCUAUUCGCUCUGCAAGGCGACGGGCAAGGACGAGUUCUCUACCCUCAGGAAAAUGGCAGGUGUUUGAUGAAUCCAAUCAAAAUGACAACUACAAAGUACUAUAUCAUGAUCGUUUGUCUAGACCUAUUUUCUGUACACAUCGCGCGCAUGCAAUGCACUCAUACGAAAUGAAUGCAGGCUUCCGUUGAUCGUUCGCCCGGGUGUCGCGGGGGUAACUGUUGUAGUUUGAACUGAACGUUUCUCGGCUUUCUCCGCCAUCCUUGAUCGGCUGUGGAUUGCGAUCGCUCCAGCUCCAAUCGCAACGACGAUGCCAUGGAUUCCUCCUUUGCUCAUCCCGUCACGAUGUACUUACUGACAUAAUAUUAUCGAGAACGGUACCCACCUCCGGCGACAGCGGCCGAUCGGAAGUUUCCAACACCGAGGUUUAGCAUCACAUGUCACCUGCUUGGCGCACCCGCGUUCGACUUUCUCUGCUUGGUGGUUGGAAGCUAAUUCGAGCACUGUCAUCCAACGCCACCCGCUCGGCCAUUUCCUUUGAUGCCCGAGGAGCAUGUACACGAAAUCUGAUCGCUCAGACCCGCGUGGUUGAUAUCAUGAUCGCGGGGUCGAGGUAUGUACGAGCAGGGGAAGCACCUGCCCUGCAAUCCCCUCUCUAUCUUUCCCUCCUGCAAACAUGACGCAGCCGCCUCUGGACGCGUCUCUCAACCUCAGCCAGAUACUCGAUCUCCACGUCGAGCCCCCGCGGCUCACCACGGCAUACGCGCUCGCCGAUGGGAAAGGCGGGAUCACGAGCGUCAGCCACUACGAGUUCGUGCGCGCGGCGCAUCGAGCUGCGCACAUACUUCGCCCUGGGCGUGAAGGGCAGCAGGAUGGUCAGGUCGUCGCGAUCAUCGCGAACGCCGACGUCCUGAUAUAUCAGACGCUGGUCGCGGGGUGCAUUAAGGCAGGACUCGUCCCCUUCCCAAUCUCGCCUCGCAACUCCCCUGCCGCGAUCGUGCACCUGCUGAAGUGCACCGACUCGCACCGACUGCUGACGACGCGCCAGACAUUGGGCCAACUCGCAGACGGUCUAACGACUUCGCUCAACCAGGAAACUCCAGUAUAUGAGCUUUCAGUUGAGGAGAUUCCUCUGCUCGGACAGUUGUAUCCGCAUUUGGGCGCUGAAGGCCCUGGUGACGACCCGUCGCCGCUCUAUCCUUCCCCGAAGAAACCGGUUUCUGUCGACGAUGUGGCGCUGUACCUUCAUUCGAGUGGGAGCACUGGAUUCCCCAAAGCCAUUCCCGAGAGUCACCGAACUCUGAUCUACUUUGCCGGGAUAGAAUGCCUGUCUGAAGUCGUGGAAGUCUCGCCCCGCUUCGCCUCCGGCGCAGUGCCCGCGUUUCACACCAUCGGAAUCAUGACGCAGCUGAUCCAGCCGAUACUGAACUGUGGCACGGUAUGCUUGUAUGCGCUGGCGUCGACGGCGACCGAAUACCGGGCCCCGCCCGCACUGACGCCGCAGAACGCGCUGGACCACGCGAUCCUGACGAACGCGGACGGCAUCAUGGCUGUCCCCGCCGUCCUCCUCAUGUGGCAGUCGCCCGCGCACCUAGCGUAUCUCAAGACAUUGAAGCUUGUGUGCUACUCGGGCGGCCCGCUUGUGACGCCCAUUGGAAACGCGAUGGCCAGUCUCGGGAUCAACAUCGUUUCCGUUUACGGUGGCACGGAAUUUGGUGCUGCGACAAAGAUCAAGCGUGUCGUAGGUGACCUGAGCGAGUGGGACUGGCUUGAGUUCAGCGAUCGCGUCGACAUCCGCUGGGCUCCGCAGGGGGACAACGUCUUCGAGUGCCAGUUUCUCAGUUGCGCCACACAUCAAGGUGCCAUUGAGAACCUGCCCGACGUCAAGGGCUACGCAACCAAGGAUUUGUAUGAAAAGCAUCCGUCAAAGAACUUGUACAAGCUGAUUGGUCGUUUGGAUGAUGUCAUUACUAUGGCCAACGGAGAAAAGACAGUGCCGGGUCCAAUGGAGGACGUGAUGAUCGCGGAUCCGAAUAUAACCGGUGCUGUUAUGUUCGGACGCGAGCGGAAUCAAGUGGGAGUGCUUAUUGAGCCUGCUCCUCAGCACAAGAUAGAUCCGCGGGAUGAAACACAGCUAGCAGAGUUCAGAAAUCUCAUCUGGGACACGAUCCAAGAGGCAAAUGAGAACGCCCCUGCCUUCGCACGUUUGUACAAGGAGAUGGUCUUGGUCACUUAUCCCGAUAAGCCUCUUGUCCGCGCUCCGAAGGGGACGAUCAUCAAGAAAGCCGCGCUGGCAGUGUAUGAACAAGAGAUCGACACAUUAUAUGACACGGUCGAGAACAGCACCACGAUCGUUGAUCCUCCCGCCUCUUGGACACCUGGCGACGUCGAAAAAUGGCUUUUGAAGCAGGCGGGAACUUUAACGGACAAGGAAAUCCUACCUGGGAAAGACAUAUUCGACCAAGGCUUUGACAGUCUCAACGCCACAUUUUUGCGCCACCGCAUCGUCGGUUCCCUGAAGGCGUCGGCAGAGCCAGGCGUCAAGGCAGCAGCAUCGAGUGUGACGCAAGAUUUCGUUUAUGCGUACCCGACGAUUGAAGCUUUGGCCAACGCUGUCUUGACCCUCGUGGCUGGCAGUGCAGUGACGUCGUCAUCGACUACGAAAGCUGAUAUCGAGGCUGUAAUCCAGCGGCACACCGAGAGGUUUUCGGAGAUACCUGAACGAACAAAGACGGCACCAGCUGGCGGAGAUGUCUUGCUGAUCACUGGAUCUACUGGCGGUCUUGGCUCACAUAUCCUCGAGACUGCGCUGGCCAACAGCACAGUUCGUCGAGUCUUCGCGUUGAACCGGAAAGGCACAGUCUCUUCUGCAGACCGACAGAGGGCCAUGUUUGUUGACCGCGGCCUGGACGUCGAGUUUCUGCGAUCAGAGAAGCUAGUCUUCCUGGAAGGCGACGCAUCUCAGCCGUCGCUGGGUCUCUCUCAAGACGUUUUCACUCUGCUAUCUGAAGCCGUCAGCGUGAUUAUCCACUGCGCUUGGUCCCUUGACUUCAACAAAACCCUUCCUUCUUUCGAGUCUCACAUCCAAGCGACGCACAACCUUAUUGAUAUGGCUCGAGGUUCUACAAACAAGACGAACGUGCGAUUCCUGCUAACGUCGUCCGUCGCCUCUGCCCAAGGCUGGAACAAGAGCCUGGGCUCAUUCCCCGAAGAAGUCCAAUUCGAUGCCGGCGUUGCCAUCGGCGGUGGAUAUGGCGAAGGGAAAUACGUGUCCGAGCGUAUCCUGUUUGCAUCGGGACUCGAAGCUACGUCAUUCCGAAUUGGACAGGUUUGCGGAUCGGCUCGCACUGGCGCAUGGUCCGUGUCCGAUUGGGUUCCCGCCCUAGCGAAAUCGAGCAUCGCGCUUGGUGCCUUCCCGUCUAUGGCGGACACCCAGAACACGUGGAUCACCCCCGAGGCGGUUGCGAGCGCUGUGGUGCAAGUGGCGCUGGCGGAAUCGAAGCCGCCGUUUGCGAUGAACUUGGUCAGCCCACGGCCCGUCGCAUGGGAUGAAAUCAUGGGAUGCAUGGCUGAGGUGGCUGAUCGACCACUCAUUCCAUUCGCGGAAUGGGUCGUUAGAUUGGAGAAACGAGCUGCAGUGGCAUCGGCUGAGGACUUGCAGAAUAUCCCUGCUAUCAAGCUGUUCUCAUUCUUCAAGUCUGCUCAGACAUCUGUCCUGUUCUCGACUUCCAAAGCACAGGCAUCUAGCGCAACUAUCCGAUCUCUUCCCAAGCUGUCGGCAGAGGAUGUCAGGAAAUGGAUGUCCUAUUGGCGAGAGCGCAAGUUCAUAUGAUCGCCUGAUCAGCAGUACACUUAACACAUUGUAUGUAUGUAUCUUCAUGGACUUGAGCUGCCCCAUUUCUCGUCUUCGUCAUCGUCCGGGCCGCGACCCAUCCAGGUAUAUCCACCGACGUCUGCAUUCAGCAGUUCCUCUACACCUUGCAUUCUACUCUCCACGUCCAUCUGAGACUCGUAGCGCAUCGGAAAUCUGAACGAAUUGUCUCUUAGCGCCUGGCUUUGACUUUGGCUCUGGCUCUGGCUCUGGCUGUUUGCGAGUCGUCCUAAUGGCUGUGUCGAUGCCCCCUGGGGAUUGAAUUCCGAGUACUGUGGCAUCUCCUGGCUCUCCUGCGAUCCCAGCGAGUUCGAGCCGUCAAUAGAAGAUAGCGAUUUCGUCGGCGACGGGACUGGAUCUAGUCCUGGUAGUCGUGUUUCAUCGUCGACAUGGUUCUCCUCCUCCUGUUCCUCAUCGUCAGGCGCUGUCGCAUCCCAGUUGAUGAUAUCGUCCAUCGACCCGCCCGGGUGCUCCGCUUCGACCUGCGACGAUUCGAGAACGACCGCGCUCCUCUCCUCCUCGUCCACUACCCUAGCCGGCGUCUUCUCCUUCUGCUUACCUUUCAUCCGCUUUUUCGAAUCAGACGCAGCGAUCAGAUCGUCGAGGCGCGGAAAUACCUUGCGCGGCGGCGUGAAGAGAUCCGCAGGAUUCUUUAUCGAGGUGUGGACGCGCGAAACGGGUGGCGGGGAGGAGAGGGGAGAAGAGGGUUCGCUCGACACCGUCGUGCGGGCCUUCUUGGCUGGGCUCGAAGGCUCCGUCGUCGAUGGCGACCGCACCCGCUUGGCCGGCGCUCGGGGCACCGCCCUCACGAUGGGGGAGGAUUCCGGCGAAGGGGAUUUUCGCGCCUUCUUCGCGGGACUCAAAGGUGUCCGUGAAGGAGAUCGGGCUCGUUUGAGUGGGGACCCAUGCGGAGCCGGAGCCGGAGCCGGAGGAUCAGCCGGUGGUAGCGAGAGCGGUGACGACGAGGGAACCAGCUCCUGUUCGAGGAUUGGCUGCGCUUUGGGUGGUGGUGAUUUACCCUUGGGAAUAGCCCGCGGAGGCGUCCGAAGUGGAGAGGAAGACGGGACGAGUUCAAUGGAGGGCAACCUCGGGCGUACGCGAUUGAUAGUCAGUGGCGUUGAAGUUUCAAGAGCCGUCGGAAAUGAGGGCGGGAGAAAUUCCUAUUCCAGAUCAAUGUGAAUUCCGAAGUGUGCAAUGGUGAGGAACGCACAUCGGGUAGAUCGGUAAUUUUAGUAGUCUUCUCCUUUACAGGCAGAGCCUCUCCUCUCUUGGAAGGGGGACGGGACGGACCUGCCUCAGAACCCGGAUCCUUGCUGAGGGCAGAGCUCUUAGGCUUAACCCUGGGCGCUUCAACGGCAACUUCCUCCAAGAUCUCUGCCGGUAUGUCCUCGGCACUGACAUUCUUCUGCCAAUUCUCCACCCGUUCUAGCAACUGCGCCCUGAUCUUCUUCUGAUCCACUUUGACCCUUCCCCCACCGACAGCAUCCUGCUCCGUCUCCUCCUUGCGCCGUUCCCAUGCAUGCCACUCCUCGUCGGUCUUGGGCAGUUCGGGCCACCCCUCAUUCGGCUCCGGCGGCGGACGCGCCGUCGUGUCCGUGUUGAUGUAUCUGUACUUGCCCCUGCUCGUUCCCGUCUGCAACAGGUUCACAACGAGACCCCAUUUCCCACUCGCAGGGUUCCGGCCUGCGGCAUUCACGGCGUCGACGACCUGUUGUCGUAAAGUUUCGACGCGCUCGCGAGACGCGUCAUCCGUGCCGGUCUCUAGCACCCUCUGAUCUGGUACCUCCUCCAUUUCUUGAAGCGCGACGUGGGUGCUGAACAGACGCCGAAGGUAGGCGGAGGGUGGUUUCGAUGACGAUGCAGUUGCGGACUCGGAUGAUGUGGGAGUCCCGGUGAAGUUUGGGGUGUAGAAGGUCUUCAAUGGUUUCUUCGGCAUAUCACACGUAGAUCGCGAUGAAUGGAGUUUGUUAGAUAGAUACUUAAGCAGACAAAGGGCCUGAGGGUGACCCUGAACGAUCACGUGGUACUCUAAUUGACUCGAUCAAACUUCGACAUGUCACAUUGCAGUCAGGUUCAACGCGUCAGUCGCACCGCUCACAGUCACCGAUUCCUCUCUCAACCAGUAUAUCGUUCAUCAAAUCUCAAACAUGGGAGGUAGUGCUUUCAGCGUUCUCGACGUCGCCGCGUCUGCUGUGCCUCGGAUCCCCCCGGCCGUCUAUCAAGCCGUUAAAGCGCGUCUCGGCGCACGGCUCGAGACGCUUUAUGCUUUCAUAUCAACGCCCCACGAGGCUCCCGAAAAGAACGAUCACGGAGACCUCGACUUUCUCGCGUGCACCCCACUGGAUGAGAGCCUGUCCGUCUCGGAUCUCAGAGAGCGCACUUUGGCCCUGCUCGGUGCAGCGCUCUGCGUCCCAGGUGAUCCGACGAGUAACUUUGCUGUACCCAUCGGAAAGGGAGAGUGGAGUGAGUUUGGGGCGGAGGAUAAGGAAACCGAGGCUAGAUUGGCUGCCGAGGCAGACAAGCAAUCGCAGCUAUACUAUCAGGUCGAUGUGCAUGUCUGCAGAGAUAAAGCUGAAUUCGCUCGCGUCAACUUCUUCCACGGAUAUGGCGACUUGGGCAUGAUCCUGGGUCUCGUCGCCAAGAACAAGGGUCUGAAGCUGGGGGUGAAAGGGCUCGCAGUCCCGCAUAUUCCUCGGCCACCUUUCCUGCUCACAGAUUCGAUGGACGAGAUCAUGUCAUACAUGGGGCUAUCGAUGGAUCGGUGGCAACAAGGAUUCGCCACGAAAGAAGAGAUAUUCAGAUGGGUCAGCACCUCGACGUUCUUCGACCCGAAGCGUUUCCGUACCCAGGGCACGGGCAUCAAGAAAGUCAAGCCCGAGAG